GUAUGGGAAAAUGGCGGACCUUUUCCUCUAGAUGUGACCGGUGUGACCCAGUGUGACCGUCCACGGAAGAUAAAUGACGGGAAGUUGGGACGCCUGAGACGAAGUAACGACAGCGACACUCGGGCAACUCGGGUUCGCCAGGGGUUCGCGCGUGCUUUUCGCCAGCAUUUCUAUGACCAACCGCCAGAAUCGCGACAGGCAACAGCAUGACACUCUGGCGUUUGUGACGUCAUUUGUUGCCACUCCGGUACCACUUUUUGAUGUAUGGGUGAGAUAGGACGCUAAACACCAUAGAGAUCCGCGCUCCAAGAACCAUAGUUACAGGCACUGAUCAGAGAUCAGUGGUUACAGGUUACCUGUGCAUGCUAAAGCACUGGAUGAGAAAUAUUAUUCAGUGCUUUAGUGCAUGCUACCGCCCGCUAUUAAAAGUACAGCUGGUACAGCCGUUCAGAGCUCUGCCUAUGAGCUCUGCAGCAUUUAUCCAUCCGGAUGGACGGAGCGCCAGCAGCGCCGCAGCGGUCGCAGCUGCCACAGCACGGACGGAGGAUCCUGUUGGUACACCGGGUACACGCUGUACACUGUACGGCGUACUGUGGGUACUGUGGGACUGUGGUCUGUGGUACGGGGGUACGGGCGUACGGGACGGAGAACCGCACGAAGCAACGACGACGCGCGGACAGCCUGACGAGCGAGCAGCCGUAUUUGUUGUGUCUCGUGAUGUCUCUGUAGGUGCGGUCUUGUGGGGAAUCCGUGUUGUGUAACUUCACCGUCCGCCGUCACGAUGAAGAGCGGCUUUCACAAAGUGGAACUCAACAAGACUGUCUGGGAGGUGCCAGCCCGGUACACCAAUCUGUCUCCCAUCGGCGUUGGAGCCUACGGGCAAGUCUGCUCGGCACUGGACAAGGAGCUCAAGCAGAAGGUGGCCAUCAAGAAGCUGUCACGGCCGUUCCAGUCUGCCAUCCAUGCCAAGCGCACAUACCGAGAGCUCCGCCUCCUCAAGCACAUGGACCACGAAAACGUGAUUGGCCUACUGGACGUGUUCACACCAUCGACAACUCUGGAGGACUUUCAGGACGUGUACCUCGUGAACCACCUGAUGGGCUCCGACCUGAACAACAUAAUCCGGACCCAACGCCUGAGCGACGACCAUGUCCAGUUCCUCGUCUACCAGAUCCUCAGGGGACUCAAGUACAUCCACUCGGCGGGAAUCAUUCACAGGGAUCUCAAGCCUAGCAACAUUGCAGUGAACGAGGACUGCGAACUCAAGAUCCUGGACUUUGGCCUGGCACGCCAUGCCGAGGUGGAGAUGACUGGCUACGUGGCGACGCGCUGGUACAGGGCACCCGAGAUCAUGCUCAACUGGAUGCACUACAACCAGACGGUGGACAUCUGGUCGGUGGGCUGCAUCAUGGCUGAGCUCAUCACGUCCAAGACCCUGUUCCCUGGAAACGACCACAUUGACCAGCUGAUGCACAUCAUGGCAGUAACAGGAACGCCGGACGACUUUUUGCUCAUGAAAAUGACCAGCGAAGAGGCUCGUAACUACAUCCGGAGUUUGCCGGUCAUGAAGAAGAAGAACUUCUCCGAGGUGUUCCAGGGGGCCAACUCCAAGGCGGUGGACCUGCUGGAGCGCAUGCUGGAGUUGGACGCGGACAAGCGCCCCACGGCCACGGAGGCCCUGGCUCACCCGUACCUGGCCAGCCUGGCCGACCCCACGGACGAGCCCACCGCUGAACCCUGCGACCAGUCCUUCGAGGACCGCGAGCUCAGCGUGCACGAGUGGAGGCGGCUGGUGUAUGAGGAGACCGUUAGCUUUGUGCCGUCCCCCGCCAACUCGGACCUCUAGCCGCGUCGAGGUCGUGCCCCGUUAGCGGCCGCAGCGGAUUGGCCGGGACAAGCCGGCGUUUACACUGCCGAACGACCCUCCCUCGGCGGCCAGAAGCCGACGGGACCGCCACUCUGCCGGUGUGCCAGGCGGGCCGUGUCCAACGACGGUCGGCGUCCGUCCGGCAUCCCCGGCCCGCGCCCAGCGACCGGCGGGCCCGUGACUUGCGACCAGUGUGGGACAGUGGGCGUACUGGCGGAACAAGUGUCUCGCACGUGCAUGCUCGGAACGAGGCCAGAACGUGUACCAAGUUUCACGCCGGAAGUGGCCCUACGACCCGCGCGUCGUUCGAACGCGUCCAGAUGCGUCUGCCGACUAACGGGCUUGUCGACAGACCCGUCAGUCGGAGCGGACAGUCGGUGUCUACACCCUGCAGCGAUGUCAAACGUCUUUCAAGCUUGCGUCUAGGCUAGUAGACUUUUAGUUUUGUCGUCCUAUCGGAAGCCUCGUCACGGCGUUUUGAAGUGCUCUGUGAGCGCUCAUUCUGUUGAGGCUGACUAUCUCUUUGUGGCUUAAGGUGUGCGGACGACUUUGAGUUCCGCUUGCCAAGCAGAAUGAUUCAUGCUUGAGAAGUGCACUUGCAACUGUUCCUUAGAGCUUAUUUCCACCACGGUGUCUGAAACUGGCAAGGGUCUCGUUGACCGUUCUGUGCCAUCGUACUUUGUUGCAAGUAGAGUUUGUUAGUGUCUUUGGUGCUCGCUUUGUAGCCGCCGGGCUAAAGCCUCUGCUUUCGACGUCCUAGCGGCCUUUUAGUUUUUUUAGAGGGUUGAAUCGCUCUGCUGCUUUCUGCAGCCGUGUCACAAUUUUUGGGUUUUUAUCGUGCGGGCAGCAAUAUUCGGCCACCCUAAAUUGCUCGCGGGAUUUGGAUGCACACUUUCAGAAUGUACUUACCCAACGUAGGUGCUUUGUUUAGUGUGGGGUGAAAACUUGCCUCGUUUCCAGAGUGUCCGCUCUUGCGGCUGCCUUUACAGUAGGUGCCUUUUCGGCGUAAGGCGUGCCUAAUUUUAUGUGGCGAUUGCACAUGGUUGCCGAAUCGCUGCGGAGAAGUCGUUCGGUCGUCCUCUGCAUUACCGUGCACGCCGUGUGCACGUGUUUGUUAUUGUGGCUUUUAGUGAGGUUUUUCCAGUUUUGUUUGUUGCGUUCCCCGAGUUGGGUUUUGUAAAAAGUGGAUUUUGUUUUUACACGAGCUGUCUAAUAAAAUGAGGCCUAGCCAGAAAAA